AUGCAAUAAUUUUCGAAACUAGGUAAAAAAGAGAGUUAUAAUUAAUUUAAAUUAAUAUUAAAUGACUCAUACAAAAUGAAUACUAGAGUCAUGGAGAGUUCAAUAAUGAAAUAAUUAACUGAAUUUGAAGAUAGAUAUGGAAUGUUUAAAUAAAUAGAAAAUAGUAAUCGAUUCAUUUCUAACAGAAUAAACGAUUUAGUAUAUGAUAUUAAAACUGUAAAUAUAUUUUGA